UUCCUCCUUGUAAACAUCCCCAGUCUUUUCAUUUGACCCUUUGUUGAAGGUGGAUCACAUCACCCUCAGCCCUGUCGGUGAGCAAGAUUUUUUCAGCUUGAGUGGGCUGAGAGCACAAGAACUCCCUCUUGUUUGACUUCCUCUGAGCCUACCACACCUCCUCUGGCCACUGUCUGUGGUCUGCCCCCUUCGUCCAAGAAGAACACAUCCUUGAGUACCGGCAGGAGUCUAGCCAGAAAGUCUCUGCUGCUGUCCCCUGGUAAAUGUCCCCUGAUGUUCACAGAGUCUCUGUUACUGAACUCCAUCCGUCAGUGCAUCUGCUCAGCUAACGUGAGGCUAAAGAAAUGUCAAGAAUUGGGAGCUUUGAGGGAUUCCAGCCUGUGUCUCUGAAGCGAGAGGAAGAUGACCAACCUUCUGAGACGGAUCAGCUGUCCAUGGAGGAGAGGGAGCCAGAAACUCAGGUCCCAGCGCCAAAGCAGAUUUCAAGGCUGCCAAGUGUUGUUGAAUCAGCUCUCUACCCGAAUCCCUGUCACAAGCCUUAUCUCUCACGGAAGUACUUCGUCACUCGGCCAGGGGCCAUUGAGACCGCCAUAGAAGACUUGAAAGGCCAUAUUACCAAGACUUCUGGAGAGACAAUUCAAGGCUUCUGGCUCUUGACAGAGAUAGACCACUGGAACAAUGAGAAGGAGAGGAUUUUGCUGAUCACAGAGAAGACUCUCUUAAUUUGCAAAUAUGACUUCAUCAUGCUCUGCUGUGUGCAGUUGCAGAGGAUCCCCCUGAGUGCUAUCUAUUGCAUCUGCCUGGGCAAGUUUUCCUUCCCUGCGAUGUCACUGGACAAGAGACAAGGAGAAGGCCUCAGGAUCUACUGGGGGAGUCCUGAGCAACAGUCACUGUUAGUCCGCUGGAAUCCGUGGUCCACUGAGAUGCCUUUUGCUACCUUCACUGAGCAUCCUAUGAAAUACACAAAUGAGAAGUUUCUCGAAAUUUGCAAGUUGUCUGCGUUCACAUCUAAGCUUGUUCCAGCUAUCCAGAAUACCCACAAGAAUUCCACUGAAUCUGGAAGAGGAAAGGGAUUGCUGGUGCUCACUGAACCCAUUUUGAUUGAGACCUACACUGGGCUAAUGUCAUUCAUUGGAAACCGAAACAAACUUGGCUAUUCCCUUGCCCGGGGGAGUAUUGGUUUUUGAUACUCUUUUUGGUGGAUAAAUACAUCAUCCAUAGCUACAUCAUUAUUGAAGAUUCUGUUUCAGCUCACCAUAUUUUUCGAUUGAAACAAUCAACUACUUUUAAAUGGUAUCACAUGAUUUUAAAUAUUUAGUAUCUUAGGAGAUCAAAAACUUUGAUUAGACUGAUAAAUGCACACUUCAGAUCUUUUAUGAAAUUUCUUAAAAUCAGAAAAUACAUUCACUUAAGUAUAUUGAUAACAUUAUCAAAUAAAUACCUGAUCAUAAACUCA